CCACAGCCACAUCUUUCAGCUACCUCUCUCUCCAACUACUACUGCAACAUUUAUCCGUACAGUCAAUCCUUCGUCUUCCAUUCCAUCUACCUCAUCCAUCUCCUAUUUAUCUCUCCUGCAGAUCCGAUCAUUGUAUGGCAUUGAGAUCUCUAUCCGCAGAGGUGUCGGACUUGUGCAUAGGGAAGCCGGAGCUCAAGUGGAUCGCCGCCACCGCCUCCAUCGCAGAAGCAUUGGCGGCGCUCAAAGCGUCCGGUGAGAUAUACAUUAGCGUCUGGAUAUGUAGUCAGAACGCCGCCUGCGCCUGCGUCGGAAAAUUCAGCGCCGCAGAUGUGAUCCUCUUCCUCUGCCGGGAGGAGAAUCUGGCGGAUCCGUUCAAAGCUCUUCAGACUCCUGUUUGUGACAUUUUGCCCAAAGGAAUCCCCAUCGUCAGGCGCGUCGCACCUAAUUCCAGCCUGCUGGAAGCCAUGGAUUACAUGCUAGAUGGCACCCAAAAUCUGGUGGUUCCGAUUCAAAACCAGCGCUUCAACUAUGCAAGAAAGAGGUUGGAAAACCGGCAACAGCUCUCUUCCAGCUGCCACGAACAACACGAAUGCUGUUGGCUAACGCAAGAAGAUGUGCUACGCUUCAUUCUCAACUCCGUAGGCUCCUUCUCUCCAGUCACCACUUACAACCUUGAGUCGCUAAACAUCAUCGAUCGCGACAUCAUGACCAUCACCCACAACAAGCCUGCAUCCUCAGCAUUGGGCUAUUUCCACCGCGCUAUCACCGAGCAGAAAUCCGUUGCAGUUGUCGAUGAAGAGAACAGGUUGAUGGGGGAGAUCUCCCCCCAAACUCUAGCCUACUGCGACGAAACUGCUGCUUCCGCAAUCAUGGUCCUCUCAGCCAUGGAUCUCAUGGCUUAUGUCGACUGUGGCAGCCCACCACCGGAGGACCUGGUGCAGCUGGUGAAGACGAGGCUGGAGGAGAGAAAUUUAGGUGGCAUGGUGGAUAUGAUGGAUGAGUCGAUCCACCCCUCGUUGCUGUAUUGCUCCUCCUCCUCGAGCUUAUCCUCAGACGAAGACUUUGUAUCUGGUAUGAGUAAAGGUUGGAGUAGAGGUUCAAGUCGACACUAUGCAGCCGGUAGGUGUGAGCCGCUCGUCUGCAGCCCAAGGAGUUCCUUGCUGGCUGUGAUGAUGCAGGCCCUGGCGUAUCGUGUUAGUUGUGUUUGGGUUGUUGAAGAAGAUCAUACCUUAGUUGGGACUGUCACGUUAGCCGGAAUUUUGAGUGUUUUUCUCAGCGUUGCUGAUGGAAUGCAUAGUAAACCGUAGACGGAUGACUCUAUUUAAUCUAGCAAUCAGAGAACUUUCAAAUUUUCAGCCUGUCCUUAUUUACAAUUUUAUGUAGAUGGGAUUCAAUAUCAUUGUAGUUCAAGUGUAACCUAUUUCAAUUGUUGCUAGCCUUUUUCAUUUAAACAAAAUAUAAACUUUUUCGUUGUAUUAUCAA